UGAGUACAUCUGAAAAGCAUCUCCUGGAUCUCUCAGUAGUACGAGAUAUACAAUUCCCAGUGAUUUCAAGUUGCAUUAUAAUCAUUGAAUCUUCACCCGUCUGUCUACGCACUAAAUUUUGGAUGUUCUGGUUUUUGAACCUGUUCCAGUCAAAUGGGUUUUUUUUUCCUCUUACGAAAUUCUCAGGACCUAUGGCCAUUUUGGAUAGUUUUUCUCCAUUCAGUGAAUAUGAUGAAUUAAAUCAGAAGCUCUCCAGUUGACGUACUUGGCAUGGACUUAGUUGUGAGCCCAUGUAGAUUUGAUGAAUAUUUAGAGAUUUUUAAUAUUUGUAGCAGAUGUAAAAAUUGGAAGCAGGGUUUUGGCUGCGAAGAUCAACAACAAUGAACUCCAAUUGAUUUUGUAAGGUUCAACCAUGGAGUCCGAGAAAAGAAGUCCUAGGGAGUGGAAGCUUUGGUACACGUGGAGAAAGUCUUUUGUAGAAUCUCAAAUGAGCAGUAUAUAUAUAUCUAGUAUUUAUACGCAAAGGCAUUCCUCAUUAAGGAGGUUCAAGUUUUCUAUGAAUUCCUAAAAAUCUGGAAGUUCAUAAGAAUUAGAAAUCAACUAAUCUAAAUUGUUAAUAUAGAAAUAGGAACUAUAUGUGCUACUUGUAUGUAUCUAUUUCUGUAAGAAGAGUAUAGAUUUACAGAUUUCCAACUAGAUAAGGAUAAGUGAUUUGCUGCCCUUAGGAGUAAGAAUAUUUGAUUGAUAUUCUAUUGAUACAUUUUUAAAUAUCUGUCUCCAUCUUUGUCAUUGGAGGCCAUUUUUAAAUACAUCUCCAUAAGAUCCAAUGGCUGAGACAGAGAGGUAUCUGUACCAUAAAAGUACCUAGAAACCUCUCAAAAAGAGAGCGUCAAUACAGGCAAUAUAUUACUGGUCUUUGAAUUAUACUUGGCCCUUGCCUGAUCCAUCCUUAGCUGCACCUCUUUUUACUGUAUCUGAGUGCUUUUAUUUGCUGUGUUUGCUACCUGAGUUGGCUGUAAAUAUAGAUAUAUUUGGUUUGUUUCAAUUCUGAAGAGAUGGUCUGCAGUUAUCUAUUAUAGCAUGCUAGAGUUCAUGUGAGGCAUUUCAUCUUUGGCAAAUCUGGUGACUUGAUCAAUUCUGAGAAUUUACUUGUAGUCCGACUGAUUUUAAUUAUUUGUUGUUGGUUACUUUGCAAUCCCAGUAUUCUUCAACACUAUUUACUGAAGAAUUUGAUUUUGAGGCAAUGAACAAGAAGUUUAAGAAGGAUAAAGUGUGGGGCUGUCUUGGCAAAGGAAAGCACAGGGACAACUUGGAUGGUUUGGAGCACAAAGUUAUUGAUGAAAUCUUUGUGGACAAGGAUUUUUCUAGUGCUGUAGUGGAUCAUAAGCCUGCAUAUAAAAAGGAUGAAUUUUUUGACACAAUUUCUUGUAACUCACUCACUAGUGGAGCAAGGACUGGACACAACUGUUUUUCGGAGACAAGAAAACUAGAUACUGAGACUUUUGGAAACAUCCAGAGGGGACCUCGUCCAAGUUAUGGUGGCUUUGGUGCUAGACAUGGAGAGAACUAUAGGGGUUUAUAUAACUGGGGAAGGGUAUAUGACUGGUAGGAGGGGCUGUGGUGGUAACAUGCAUAAAUAAAUGUUCCUAAGUUCCAAUAUUUUUGUGUUCCGUUCAUGUUUGCUAUUGUCCACUUUUGUACUUUGAGUCACCUAGUUUCGCCUUUUGGGUCAUGAGGAAAUAAUCUUUUUGUAAAUGAUGAGUCUUAGUAUGUAAGGAUUACCAUAUUUAGAAGAAAAUAUUAGCACAAUUGAUGGUGGCAAGUUCAUGUUUUUUUUUUUGGCCUAUGAACUGCUCGGGUACAUCUAGGAUAUCAAAAAAAUGUUACAGACAGGCAGUUAUAGCUUCCUUAGUACUUUGUAUCAAUGGUUAAAACAUAUAACCACUAGUCAUAAAUCAUUCUUUAUGUUUCAAGUCUCCUAUUCAUUUUC